AUGCAGCCCUCUUUACAACCCUCUUUACAGCCCUCUCUCUCGACCUCCAUUCCAAACUCAAUCCAGCCGUCUCUUCCCAUUGUUCCCAACUCGCCUGACUGCCAUUUUGUCUCCGAUGUCUUCGGCUGUCACGUGGAAGGCACCCUUCUCUCUCCUCGGUUGAGUCGUAGGACCCCCAGGAGCGAAUCUCUUCGUGUAUCAUCUCCCAAUGUCCAUGACCGAAGAAGGCCUUUACGCUCUCUUUUGCAAGUACGGCGUUGUGCUCAGCACCAAGGUGUAUCGCGAUCGACAAACCAAUCAGAGUCGAGGAUUCGGCUUUGUGAGCUUUGCGACUGUGGAGGCUUCCGAGCUGGCCAUCAGCUGCUUGAACGGGUUUCAUAUCGACGGGAAAAUGCUGAAGGUGCAGAAGAAAAAAGAAAAAAUCGUAUGAGAUUUUGA